AUGGCGGCGAGUCGGAAGGCAUCAUUGGCCCUAUGCAUGGUGGCGCUUAUUGCCCAGGGUGUGCCCACCGUCACUUCCGUGAAGGUGUCGCCGCACCGCAUCGAUCGCGGCAUCCACAAAGGCAAUACUUCGCGCACGAGUGCCAAUGCGCAAGCCGUUUCCAACACCGCGGCAAGCAGCGAUUUCGGGCCAUACGACCUCGUGAAUGAGAACUACCAGACGCUGGCAUUGACCUCCCUUACGUCUCAGGCGCAGUCGGAUAUACAGCUGGGUUGCGGCGCGGGCGCAGCGUUCUUAGAUACCGAUAUUUCUUUCCGGAUUCAGCGGGAUGACUCGUCUCAUUCGUCCAGUGUAACGUAUAUGCGCCGUAGCAACGGUCAAGUUGAGACAUUUACGUUCAUAGGUGGCUACGCGGACCACACGCGCCUCGAGUACAAUAGAGGGAUCCUCCAGUGCAUCUGCAGCGGUGUCAGUGCCAAUGCGUGCCGGUGCCAAUCUUUGGGAGUUGAGUCGUCGACGGAAGUCCUGCUGCUCAGCAUUGACUUCAAUCUUCGGAGUGGUUCGGUCUGGUCUGGCCAGUGGUUUCGCAAUUAA